AAGUAUUCAAGAAUAGAUAAUUCUUUUUAGUUCACAAACUCGUAAAUGGGUGUGUUUUAACAGUACUGAUCGAGCAAGCAUAGGCAGAGUUAAUUUAAAUCAGCUGCAAGCUACAGUCAAUUAGUUUGGUGGGACCGAUUCGUCGUCCGAAUUUUGUUAAUUGUUUUAUUUUUAAGUUGUAAUAGUUUAAGUUUGUUUUUGACUAUUUAAAAAUGGUGAUUAAAGUGUAUACGUCAGGAAUCUCUGGCAAUAAAGAGGUUAAGAAAAGGCAGCAACGAAUCAUGAUGAUUUUGGACAGUAAAGGAAUAAACUAUGAAGCUAUUGACAUCACUGAACCUGGAAGGGAACUUGAUAAACACUUUAUGCAAGACAACGCCAAAGCAAAAGAUUCUAAGCACCCGUUACCCCCUCAGAUCUUCAAUGAAGAGGACUACUGUGGAGAUUAUGAAGGAUUCGAUCUGGCUAACGAAAAUGAUGUUCUCGAAGCCUUUCUGAAACUUCCCCUUCCAGCAACACCUGUUAUUGAGCCUCCUCCUGUCGUCAACGGAACGCAUUACAAUGAAAAGGAUACUGAUGGUAUUACACCAGAUAAUGAAAGGAAUGAAGAUAUUAUAAAUGCAUUAGUACCAAACACAGUUGAUUCCGAUAAAACAGAUGAUGAGGUGGAGGAAAUUAUCGAAGAACCAGUAGAGGAAGAAGUUAUCGAGGAACCAGAGGUUGUUGAGGAAGAGGUGGUGGAAGAGGUCGAAGAACCAGUUCAUGGAUUCUGCUAUACGCCCGCAUUGGCUAAGAGAUUAGAGAAAGCUUUGAGAGCGAAGAUUAAGAAAAUCCGCCCUAAAUCUGUUCAUGGCUUUUGCUAUACUCCAUCUCUAGCGACCCGUCUUACAAAGGCUUUAGAGAAAGCCUUCUUGAGGAAGAAAGCAGAGGAGGAAAAAAAAGAAGAUAUAAACGAUAAAGAUGUGAUGGAUGUGGAUAAUAAAGAGACUGACUCAGCAGUAAAUGAUGAUCGGGAAAUGGACGGAGGAAACGAUCAAAAGAACGGAGAUGAUGGAGGUGACGGAGACGUCGGAGGCGAUGGAGAUGCUGAAUAAGAACUGUUUUUACAUUUUAUAAUGCUGUUUAAAUUACACUGCAAUAAUGAUAUAUAUUUAUGCUAUGAAAAGAAGUGCAUUAUUAUAAAGACACACUGAACUAUAUUGUUUAUUUUAUCAUAUUAUAUAUUUUAUUUAUAAUUCAAUUUUAUACAUUUAUUAAUUGUGAUAUGAUUGCUGUAAGGUAAAGGCAAUGCAAUAGAAAUAGUAUGCUCUCCAUAAUCCGGCAGGUAUUAAACCAAACUAAAAAAACAAGUAUUUUGAAAAUCGAUUAAAAAAAAUUUCAACAUAAUAUUUAAAUUUGUUUCUUUAAUUAAUUAAAGAAUUUAAUACAUAAAAAGUUUUAAAAUUAACUGUGCAAAAUAUAUUUAUUAUUUAUUUUACUAAAGAAAAUAAUUUUUUUUUCUUCUAAUUUUAUACCACUUGAGAAAAUAAAGCUGGAUUACAAAGAGUGUACUGUAUUCAAUUUUUAUAUCCAUAAGAAGUGCUCUAGCUAAUUUGGAACUGAUUGAUUCAGUUGAUCUGUAUUCUUUGUUUUUGUUUUGUUUUUUUUGAUUUAUUUUAAAAGUAUGGUACUCAGUAUUAUGUAUUUUCUGGUAAAUCAGGAAUCCUGUUUUAUUCUUCUUUAAGGAUUGUUUUUCUUGUUAUGAAUUUUUCAAUCUGUUUUAUGUGGUUUGUAUUGAUUCAUAAAACAGAAUAAUUAUUUAGAUGUUAACGUAAACAUUUGUGAAGAUAAUUACAAUUUUUAGAACAGUACAAAAACGAAAGUAUUGAUUAUAUUUAUUAACAUUAGUAUCUGCCUAGAUUGAAUUAAAAAAAAGAAAUGAAUAAUUUUUGGUAAAGUCCAAUUUAAUAUUUUUUUUUAGAAAGGUAUUUAAUAUAUGGCUUAUUUAAAUAGAUUUUUCAGUUAUUAAGAGGUGUUAGCAAAGUUUAUUUUAUUUUUUGCUUUGAUAUUACCUUUCUAAAAAAAUGACUGAUUCAUUUAGGCUACGUCUUUACAUAAAUUACCAUUUGUGUCGUUCUAGUGAAAAUUGUAUAAAGAGCUUUUUUUUAUUGUUAGUGAUCCAUAAAUUUAUCUGUAUAGUUUCAUCGACGUGAUUGAGAUCCUUAUGGAAAUAGACUUAGACAAUUAAAGUUUGCCAUGACACUAAGUCUGCUCUUAACAUUAUUGUGAACUAUACUUUCAAAUAACACCAUCAUCGAGCUUUGUAUAUAAGCUAACUCAUAAUAUUUUUAAGCUAUUGCUUUUCUUUACACAAAAUUAUUUCAUUUUAUCUAUUUUUUUAAUAUAUAAUAAAUUAUAUGUUAUAGUUAA